AUGGCGUACUCCCUUGCAUGGCUAUCUUCAAGCAUGGUUGGAGAUGGAGAACCUAGCAGAUCCCGCACCAAGUCGAAACACAGGAGACCCCCGCAGCGAGGACUUGGCGUUGCCGAGCUCGAGAAGAUCCGCCUUGAGGAACAUCACAAGGGCUCCAUUGCCUCAACCACCACUGCUCCUCUUCUACCACGGUCUUCUUCUUCUUCUUUUUCUUCACAGCGGCAAUCCAUGGCUUCCAACCCUAAUCCUGUGAUGAUUUCACCACUGUCAGCGUUCUCUGGCGUCCCAAUGCCAGUGAAGGAUCACGCACCGGAGAGUCUUCAUCGGAGGUUCAGAUGCCGCCCUAAUCCAGGGGUUAACAGGAUGGUUUUACCAAUGACAUCAGGAGGUCAUCUCCGGAUGGAGCCCCCUUCAAACCAAAUCUAUUACCGCAACUACAGUUCAAUGCCUUCUCCAUCUUCUUCUUCCUCCUGGCAAGAGGAAGAUAGGAAUCUAGUAUACAUGGUGGGAAUGAAGCGGCCAUAUAGUGCUUGUCCCAACCUUUCCUUGCAUCCUUACAAAAUCCCUUCAUCAACUGCUUCAUUUGUCAAGAUGAACAAUCAUUCACCACUGGGAUAUGAGGAUGUGGUUUCAAGAGACCCUGAGUGGAGCUCUGGUUCAUAUCAAGCUGAUUUGGAACUGAAACAUGCUGAACUUCAUGUUGACCAGAGCAAGAAAGAAAAUGGCGGUGCUCAUGUGGAUGGUGGUUUUCUCACAUUAGGCUCUUCUCUUAUGCCAUCUUCCAUGAGAUCCAAGCGACCCAUAUACUUCUUGUCACCUGAAAAAUUUCCAUGCUUGUCGUGUAAGGCAAAUGUAGUUGAUAAUGAUAUUUCCUCAAGUUUUGGUAGUUCAGGACCAAUUAAAUCUUCUUCACAUUAUCACACGUUCUUUCCUUCAAGGGCAGAAACUCAGGAAGACGCAGCUCCAGGCAAUUUUCAAGAAACAGAGGACCUUGACCUCAGUUUGAAAUUAUGAAACAUUUUGCUUGAAGAACUUAAUACGGUCAGUAUGGCUGGUACUUUUUUAUAAUACGUCAACAGGGUCCGACAAAGAUGAGGCAUUGAGUUUCGUGAUUUAGAAUUAAGUUUAUGUUUAGUUUAGUUAAGUAAGAUUUGCAUGGUUUACUUACCCAAACCAGUGUGUUGAUAUGUGUUCAUAACUGCAUUAGUUUUACAGACUUAAGCAGUGGCAAGUUUUGGAAGA